AUGAGUGCGCAGGCAACUCGACUCGAGAGUCUCUUCCUGCUCGUACGAGAUGGAAGCAGCGCGCAGAUCCGUGAGAAUGCGGCGGAGAAAUUAGGCGAAGUGGCCGCACGCUCUACCGAUGUCUGUGCGUCUAUCUUGCAGCAACUUCGACCUCUGAUUGUAGACAGCGAGUGGGAUAUUCGUGUAGCUGCCUCUAAGUGCCUUAAUGUGGUGGCGCACUCCUUGCGGCACGAGGACGAGAACGUCGCCGAUCUCUUCGCCUUGGCCUCGUGUACUCAUGAAGCUUCUAGUGCGGCGCUAAAUCUGCAGACGGUGGAUAUCAACAAGGUGGUGCAGGAGGGCGCACCUUUGUUGCGCAGCGGAGGAGAGGAAUAUCAAUACACGACGAAUAUGACGGAGGAAGAGCGGAAGGCUCAUGCUGUGAAACAACGUCGACUAUUGUUAAGGCGAUUAAGUGGAGCAGGAGGGCCAAUCUGGAAAACACGCGAGGAUUCAUUGACGAAGCAACUACUUCCACGACUUAAUCGAGACCGUAUGAAAGAUUGUCGAACACAGUUUGGCGUUGUUUGGGUACUGAUUUAA